AUGGACUCUUCGGAUCUCACCUCUGGUCCAGCGGAGAUUGGUUCCCUGACAGCGCACUCGAACGAAGAGAGUCAGUUCGUUGGUAGUUCCAGCGGCGUCUUUUUCAUCAACACCGUUCGACGUGCAUUCUCCAAGGACGUGGAUUUGUCCAAAAUAAGCUUACCUCUGCCGGAAGACACGCUUGUGGGUAGCGAUGAGUCGCAUGCUGAGCGGUCCCCGUCUGCUGUCCGCUCUCCGUCCAUGUCUGAGCCGUCUGCCUCUCUUUCUAAGUGGCAGUAUGAUUCGCAAAUCGCUCAUGAGCUCGGCAAGGUGCCGCCACUGGACAUGGCGAGGGAGCUUAUGAUGGUCUACUUCAAAGUGUGGCAUCCCCUGUUUCCGUUUCUGCAUGGCCCCAGCUUCCUGCGGGCGAUGGAGUUGCUUUACUCAGACUCGCACGGAACUGAGGGCCAGAAUUAUGGGAAUAUCCCGUCUACAUCUACGUCUACGUCUACGUCUAUGGACCACCGGAACGCGUGCUGGACGACGAUCUUUCAGUGCGUGUUCAACCUCGCAAGCCAUCUGCGGCCCGAUCUGUCCCUUCCGCCGGAAUCCCGAAUCAAAUCCCCGGGAAGCAUGCAUUCUCUGCUUGCUAUUCUAACGCGGAGGCAGGAUCUCCCGUCCCUGCAGGCUCUUCUCGCGGCCCAGUUGUACCUGGUGGCCAAGAUGUCUCUUCGGACGGCGUCAACGGUAGGCGGUUGUAUUCUCCGGUCUAUGCUGCACGCUGGUCUCCAUCGAUGCCCGUUUCGCUACAAGGAGCUCUCAACACACGACCGGCAGUUGCGCAAAAGGAUUUUCUGGUGUGCGUAUGCUAUCGACCGGUACUUGAGCCAGGCUCUGGGCUUGCCUCUUGGUAUACAGGAUUCGGACGUUGAUGUCUGCGCUCCAGGAGCCCACGAGGUGCAUUCGCCGGGUCUGCACAAGGUUCAGGGCACGAGUGAGGGCUCUACGCCACGUUUUGUGGCAGGCAGUCCUGGAAAGGGCACUCCGGCUUCAUCGACACCCGCACAGAUUGAGCUCACCAGCCCCCAGCAACCCCAACAACACCGACACUCCAGCGGCUUCGUAGACCCAGGAGAACACGAACAACAUCAGAGAGAGAUAGUGUUCAUGAGCUACGUCGAAUCCGGCAAGCUAACCGGCCGCGCGCUAGAGCUAUUCCACAAGUCCAUCCUCGUGCGCUCCGUCCGCCGCAGCUCCGUCCUCAUCCUCGUCACAGAUGUGCACAAAUGGUGGAACAGCCUCCCCACCACCCUCCAAGGCACCCCGGCCAGCACCGGCGACUCCAUAUACCAAGGACCGCAGGAUGACGACCCCUUCCACUUCGGUCCCUUCUUCACAAUCCUCUACCACCACCUCAUCCUCCUCAUCAACCGUCCCUCACUCUCUCUACCCCCCUCAACCCCUGAGUUCAACUCCGGCCUGCAAACCUGUAUCGGCGCUGCAAGAGGCAUCCUCUCCGCCCUCCGCGCCCAGAUCGACGCAAAACAGGCCCUCUUCUGGCCAGGCUUUCUCUCCGCAGCCUGGAUGGCAGGCCUGGUCCUCGCCUUUGCCUGCCAGCUUGGACAGUACGUCUGGUCUAAGGUUCUCUGUAAGUUCCCCGCAUCCAAACAUUGCCAUCGAGCGCUGAGCCUCCUCGCGGAGAACAUCCGCCACUCUUUUACCUCUUCACAGCAACCUCGAACCUCGCCCUCGGACCCGAGCAUCAACCCCUCAUGCGAGGAACCCGCAAUCGCAAACCCAACCAAGAGACGGAAACUCUCCUCCUGUGAUUCCUUGGUUCCUCUCCCGAGCGCCAGUGCCAGUGCCAGUGCGGAGGCAAUGGCCGGCCAAGGUCAAGGCCCGCUGAAUGCACACGAGUCGGGAAACGGGCCAGUGGAGCUCAACAUGACCACUGAAACUACGGAGAUGGAGUACCUUAAUCUCCCUGAUUUUGACAUGAACACGGUGGACUUGCUUCAAGCAGCGAACUUUGACUAUCUACUUGAUAUGUUCGGGCAGCAGUAUCCAAGUUUUUGA